GAGGGCAGAGGCUCUGCAGCUCCGCAGGAAGGACGCCCAGCCAGCCGGGGAUCCCCGAGCAUUUAAGUCACUCCUCGGCAGGUUCCUCCACUCCCUCAGGUCUGGGCUCGGAUGUAACCGCGCGAGGGCCGCGGGAGACGCCGAGAGCAUCGCGGGGCGAGGUGUGAACCGACGCUAUUCUCGCAGCUGUUGCAAACAGACUGUGUGCCAGGGCAGGGCGGCCCCGGGGGCUCCACCGGGCUUCGGCAGUCUCAGGGACACGGGCUCCGGCCGCGGCGUGGAGCGAGCGGCACCGAGCGUCUCCACGCCCGGAGGGGCGGCUUCGGUUCUGCAAGGAUGUUUUCCUGCCGGGCCUCGCGGCUCAGCCUGUACCGCCAGCACUUGGGACGCUGAGGCAGGAGGACAGCCAGGAAUCCCAGAAGGUGGUCGGUAUGCAGUUCUCAGGAAGGAUUCGGAAGAAGCUGAGAUUGGCAGGUGACCAGAGAAACGCUUGUUACCCUCACAGCCUUCAGUUUUACCUGCAGCCACCUUCUGAAAGCAUAUCUUUGAUGGAGUUUGAAAGCUUGGCUAUUGAUAGAGUUAAAUUGCUAAAAACAAUUGAGAAUCUUGGUGUGAGCUAUGUGAAAGGAACAGAACAGUACCAGAGUAAGUUGGAGGCUGAGAUUCGGAAGCUCAAGUUUUCCUACAGAGAGAACUUAGAGGACGAGUUUGAGGCACGAAGGAGGGAUCAUAUCUCCCACUUCAUUCUGCGCCUUGCUUACUGUCAGUCUGAAGAUCUUAGACGCUGGUUUAUUCAGCAAGAAAUGGAUCUGCUCCGAUUUCGAUUCAAUAUUUUACCCAAGGAUAAAGUUCAAAGCUUCUUAAAGGACAGUCAUUUGCAUUUUGAGGCAAUAAGUGAUGAAGAGAAGACUCUUCGAGAACAGGAUAUCAUUGCAUCAUCGCCAAGCUUGAGUGGGGUUAAGUGGGAAUCAGAAUCAGUUUAUAAGGUCCCCUUUGCUGAUGCUCUGGACCUGUUCAGGGGAAGGAAGGUCUACCUGGAAGAUGGCUUUGCGUAUGUGCCACUUAAGGACAUUGUGGCCAUCAUCCUGAACGAGUUUAGAGCCACACUGUCUAAGGCUUUGGCACUAACAGCCAGGUCCCUGCCUGCUGUGCAGUCCGACGAACGACUCCAGCCUCUGCUCAACCACCUCAGUCAUUCGUACACUGGCCAAGAUUAUAGUUCUCAGAAGAACCCUGGGAAGAUUUCCUUAGAUCAGAUUGAUUCGCUUUCUGUCAAGUCUUUCCCACCCUGCAUGCGUCAGCUGCACAAGGCUUUGAGGGAAAAUCACCAUCUUCGUCAUGGAGGCCGGAUGCAGUAUGGCCUGUUCCUGAAGGGCAUUGGCCUAACUCUGGAACAGGCGUUGCAGUUCUGGAAGCAAGAGUUUAUCAGAGGAAAGAUGGACCCAGACAAGUUUGAUAAAGGUUAUUCUUACAAUAUUCGUCAUAGCUUUGGAAAGGAAGGCAAGAGGACAGACUAUACACCUUUUAGUUGCAUGAAGAUUAUCCUAACCAAUCCACCAGGCCAAGGGGAUUAUCAUGGGUGCCCAUUCCGUCACAGUGAUGCAGAGCUGCUGAAGCAGAAGAUGCAGUCCUACAAGAUCCCAGCCUCGGGGAUCAGCCAGAUUUUGGAUUUAGUGAAGGGGACUCAUUACCAGUUGGCCUGUCAGAAGUACUUCGAGAUGACGCAUAACGUGGACGAUUGCGGCUUUUCUUUGAAUCAUCCGAAUCAGUUCUUCGUCGAGAGCCAGCGGGUCCUAACUGGCGGCAAAGACAUCAAGAAGGAGUCCAGCCAGCCAGAGACGCCCCAGCACAGACCCAGUGUCCAGAAGAGCAGGGAUGCCGCGUCUGCCCUGGCCUCUCUAGACUCCUCCCUGGAAAUGGAGCUGGAGGGGCUGGAAGAUUACUUUAGUAAAUGAUGUGGCCGCUGUCGUCACUCUCGCCCCAGGGAACACAGUCUUCUGUAAGGUUAGUCUUUGCAGACCUCUCCGUUACCCUCCCUAACCCACCUGCUCACGCACACACAUUUAUUAAGAAAGCAGACUUGCCUCCGCCUCAUGUCUGACAUGAUGAAAAGGAAGAGUUCCUACUGAAACCUAGAAAGUUAAAAACGCUUAAGGAUGAAAGUCCUCAAGCAACAAUACAAUUACAACCAACUUGUAAAGUUUCACUCAAUUUUGGCCCAGUCCUCUUUUGCAACAUUUUUGUUAAUAAAUAUUGACAUGUA